UUGUACACUCUCCAAAAGGUCUUUGACUUUCGCCAACCAAUCUCCAAAUUCCACAGCAUUUAGAUUUAGCUGGUUUAUCAGCCAAAUAAGCGAAAAAGAAGAAGAGAUAACGCCAGCUAAAGCCCACUAUAUCAGUUUAUAUUUACUAGAGGAUGAGUCGGCAGAAGAAAUUUAGCAGGAUCAGAAGCUAGAAGAAGACCUCCCCUGGAAGAAUUUAAAGCUGAUUCUUUCAAUACAGUAUACAAAAGCUUGGCUCGCGAGCUCCGUCGAGCUAUUCGGAUGAAUGAAGACCGAGGAGUCCAAUGAAGUCGCCAUCUUCAAAGGGAGGGAUGCUCUGCCUAGUCAUUACUUGGUCAAAAUAAAGUCUUUCUCAUUACUAAAAGCUUCAGUCGGGAUAUAUGAAACAAGCCAAUUUGAAGCAGGGGGUUUCAAUUGGAGACUGCAUAUCGACCCAAAUGGGGACUCUAACAAAAACGGAGAAAAUCAUAUCUCCAUUUACCUGGAACUGAUGGAGACAAGUUCUCUCCCUGUAGGAUGGGAAGUCAAUGUGAUUUUCAAUUUUCUGAUAUACAAUCAGCUUGAGGACAAGUAUGAUAGUCUCCAAGAUGGUAGAGUAAGGCGAUACCACGCAAUGAAGACCAAAUGGGGUAUCACCAAAUGCAUAGACCUGAAAUCAUUUCAUGACCCUCUCAAUGGAUACCUUAUUGAUGACACUUGUAUCUUUGGUGCUGAGGUUUUUGUUGUCAAAUGUGUUUCAAAAGGGGAGUGCUUAUCAAUGAUCAAAGAACCUGCUGCAUGUUACUAUCUAUGGAAAAUCACUGAAUUUUCAAAAUUAAUAAAUGAAACUUAUGAAUCUGAACCUUUUGGAGACUACAACUGGAAAAUUUUGCUCUACCCUAAUGGAUGUCAUGAAGCCAAGGACAACAGCAUUUCAAUUUUUUUAACUCUGCCAAAUUCAAGUGUCCCUGAUGGCACAACUAAAUUGCUUGUUAAGUACACUCUGCAUGUCAAAGGUCAAAUGGAUGGAGGGCACGUUGAAUUUGAAACUACAAGGCUGUUUACGCCAGGCGAGAAUUGGGGCUCCAGAAAGUUUUUAUCAUUGCAUAAACUCAAGGAUCAAAAGCAGGGUUUGUUGGUGAAUGACACUUGCAUCAUUGAAGCAGAAGUUACUGUGCUUGGAUUGAUCGGAACAGAGUGAUGAAUUUGUUGCUAAAUUUCUCGGAGUACUUUAGCUAGAAUGAUUGGUUUAUAUUCAUGCUUUUUAACUUUUUUAGACACGCUUGCUAUUUUGUUAUACUUCAAUUAAAACUGGUUCUGUUAUUUCCAAACACUUUGUUUUCCCUUCAAUAGUUACUAAAGAGAACUUAGUGUUUGUUGAA